AUGGCGUCACCAUUGAUUGAUUCGUCCAUACAUGCAAUUCAACUCAAUCGAAUGGCUCAAGCAAAGCUACCUGUAUCCGUAGUGAGGGUACCGUAUCUUGGCUUGAAAAUUCUGCACGUCACGGAAGAAAUUUUUGGAUGGAGGGUGGACGACUACUUGAUUCGAAAGCGGGAACUCUUAGCGGAUUUAGCUGAUUUCAAAGAGAACGAGCGGUUCAUCGAGGAAACCACAAAGACGAUCGAUGAGCUUAAUCGUGAAAAAGAAGAGCAUUCUGAGAUCAUUCAACAAAUCAAUCAAGAUAAAUGUGAUCUCGAGAAGCAGAUGGACGAUGCGAGAUUCGAACAGAGGGAGAGGGAGACACAAUUGGCCAAGAAAUAUGAGACGCUGAUGAAGUUGAUGGAGUCGUCGAACGAGAAGAUCCGCGAGAGUGGACUUGGAGAGGAGUCGACGAUUCAGCCGGAUGACAUUCCACACGCCCGUAUCCCCAAAAUUUCUACUCCUCCGGUUCUUCCGGCUCCGCAAUGGAAAGGUCUGUCAGGAUUGAUUCCUCCGAUGAUGUCACUGGAUCAGAUGAUGAUGGCCAGCCAAUUCCGACCACCGCCGAACGUUCCUGCUCAUUUGAAAGCAGCCGAUCAUCAAAUUUAUCUGAAAUUAUCGAUUGAUUUCGAUUUUCAGACUUGUCAAUCGUGUUUUCAACAAAUUCAUCGUAACGCGCCGAUUUGCCCGAUGUGCAAAAGCAAAUCUCGAAGCAAAAAUCCGAAAAAGCCGAAGAAAAAGGAAUGA